AACCAAGUUAAGCAUACAUUAUUUGCCCUCUCCUCUGCCGCUAACGACCGCCUUCUUCUUUGCCAUUGGACACCUCAUGUUAGCAGAGGAGACAGAUAAACUGAAUGUAUCGGAGUGGUUAACAAUGCUGUCACCAGUCAGGAAGGCGUGACUGACCGUUGACUAUCGGAGGCGAUCGGAUGGGCACAGGGAGGGACCGGGAGGGACCGAGACCGUCGGACGAUCAUCUGAAGGUGAAAGAUCCUGCCUAGGGUCCCGCUGCCGCCUGAUGUACCAGAGGCGAAAGUAGGCCAGUCACAAACCUGAAGAGGAAAAAGACACAUGCGUUUGACUGACCUCCCCAGGCUCGUCCUGCGUUGGCAGGAUUUUACCCAGGAACUGGGAGCAGCGGAUAAGCCCUAUGAUUUAUGAAGAGUUCCAUCUCAGUUCAGCCUGGAGGGGAGUAUGCUGUGGCAUAGUUGCCAGUGUCCUAAAGCAGUCCAGCAACAACAACUGUUCAACCAUCCACCAGACCGUCAUGGCAACUAUCGACAUGGACAGGAUUGGGCGUCUGUUCAUCAACCUCCAGCAGGUGAAGUCAGUUCCCCAGAUGCUGACAGAGGCUGCCCCCUCCAUGCCUGGAACACUAAGGGACACUGACGUCCCAGGGUUCUUCAGAGAGCUGCAUAUCCAUGCCGGUUACCGACCUCUUCACCAGGGCUGGCGGUACUACUUCCUGUCGCUGUUCCAGCGUCACAACGAGACCAUCAACGUGUGGUCCCACCUGCUGGGGUCUCUCCUGGUCCUGGUCAAGUUCCUCCAGCUGGCCGAGACGGUAGACUUUGUGCAAGACACCCACGCCUGGCCCCUCCUCAUUCUCCUCCUGUCCUCCAUGGUCUACACAGCCUGCAGCACCGUAGCACACCUUCUGGCCGCCAAGUCUGAGUUCCACCACUACUGCUUCUACUUCCUGGAUUACAUCGGCGUGGCCCAGUAUCAGUACGGCAGUGCUGUGGCCCACUUCUACUACGCCGUGGAGCCGGACUACCACAGCUGGGUCUCCUCUGUCUUCAUGCCCACCGCCACGCUUCUCUGUUGCCUGUCAUGUCUGGGCUGCUGCUACGGGAAGUACUGGAACUACAGCCAGCGGGUCUGGGUCCGGAAGGUGGGUCAGGUAGUUCCCUCAGCUUUGGCCUAUGCUUGGGACACCAGCCCGGUGUUCCACCGCCUCCUCCUCUGGUUCCUCUGGCCCACAUUGCACAGCGAGGAUGGUGACCCAGCUAUAUCCUUCCAUGGGGGCCAAGUAGCCUUCUUCCUGUCAAGUGCGUUCUUCUUCACCAUCCCGCUCCCAGAACGUCUGUUUCCAGGCCACUGUGACUUUCUGGGGCAGGGCCACCAGCUGUUCCAUGUCUUGCUAGUGCUCUGUACCCUCUGUCAGAUCCAGGCCUCUUACGUGGACUAUCUUGGCCGACGGCCACUUUACACACAGCUACACGGAGAGGGAGGAGCAGCUGCCACAGUGUACCUGGUACAGUACGGGGCCACGGUGCUGACCUGUGUUUUCAUAGCAGUCUUCAUGGCGAAGAAGGUGAAGUGUUUGCUCGACUGCAGGGACAAGUGCAAAUGAGCUGGGUAGAAGACUAUGUUUUACAAACACUAAAGGUAAAAUACAAGAUGUUUAAAUGUGACCUGUCCCCAAACACACAGCAUUUUAUAUAUAAACAAAUAAUAUUGUAUAUCAGUCAUAGUAUUAGCCAUUAUUGACAGGGACCAUAGACCAAUUAGGGUGCCUUAUUGAGUGCCUUGUUCAAGGGCAGAUUGACAGAUCACCAGUCAACCUUUUGUUUGUUGUCAACACCUCACUUCCUAGCGCACAAAACUGGUUUAAAUGCAUCAAGGUUUUUACCGACAAAUCUUUACUCGGUUUAGCCCACUGGGUUGGUACCAAAGAGUGGCCUUGGUCAACUCAACACACACUGCCUUCCUUACCUGCUGAAGUUUAUUUCUGACAUGGCAAUCUAUUUUAUAAUUAUCUUUCCCUACAGAACUGGUGCUAUUGUCGAUAAGGGAAAGUAUUCCCGUAGAAGUGUAACGAACAAUCUCAUUGCUUCUGUUGCACUUUUAGAUAUUUCUAUUUCCAAGAAACAUUGUGAUCUGAAAGUCCUUAUCAGCACUUAUUAAGUGAAGUUAAUUGAGUCCUUCAGAGUUCAUGAUCUUAAAUGAAAAGUUUACCAACAGUGUCCUUACUUUUAAAGUAAUGUUGUGUUAAAAAGGGACGCUUGCUGUGUAGUGGGUGUGAUUUUAAAUGUAUAACAAUAAUGUAAAUUCUAUUUUUAGAGGUUGAGCCUUCACAUUUUAGCUGGUCAAGCUAUCCAUUUAGAAAAUUGCCUUUUUCAACUAUAACACAAUAUUAACUGCAUAUAAUGUAGUUGCACUCGACCAGUUGUUGAGAAAGUAUUAAUGAAUCUUUCAUGUAAACAAUGUCAGGUUAGACAUGUACGUUGACAAAUGGUAUAUGUUUUAUAGUAAACACAUUGUGGAAAGUCACCGUAUUAUGUCAACAUGCUGGAUUGUGCUUCUAUUGUGCCUUUAGAGUGAGUUUUGUUUACCUUUUACCUAAUGGGAUAUGAGGAAGCCUAUUAAUAGCCUGGUCCUAGAUGUGUUUAUGCUGUGAGCAUAUGAGUUGGCAAGACAGCACAAAAUGAUCUGUAAACAGGCCAGCCUAUCACUGAAUAAAGCCUCAAAGAGAAUAGGAAUGUUGAUAACCAGUAUAGUGUUUUCAGUAUUUGUGAUGGGAGGGGAACUGAAGCUAACACAAUUCUUUCCAUUGAUGUAUUUUUUUCCUUUGGCUGUACCAGUUGAGAUUAUUGUCUGGAAUAUAUCUACUCAUAUUUGCGUUCAGGAUAGCAAAGGUCCUAACCUUUAGCGUACCGAGUUUUGAAAGCAGCUACUGUUUCAUACUGAUAAUUUUGAAUGGACUUGGUCGUGUCAAAUUAUGUAUGUGAUGAUCGUGAUCAUAUGGUAUGCAUAGUUUAUUGACUUAAGAGACAAUGAGGUGAAAUCAAGGUGAAGAAAACACCCUUUAUACAUUGCAGUACAUACCAAUCUCUAUUGGCUCUCAGCCGCUGUAAACAUUACGACAAGCAGUAACUCCAACAACAAUAUAUUCCGUAAGAAUCCCCCAAAAUGCUUUGGGUUAAGAAAUAGUGAAGAAAUGGUAAUUACACCGUUAUGUUAAAGAUGGGAGGCAGUCUUUCUGCCACCAUGAUGUAUUCCCAUCCAUGCCUGACAUCUGGGGGUCUUAUCCUAAAAAUGUAGAGCAAGAUGGAAUUGGGCCAAAAUGUUAUCUGCAAUGAAACAACAGUUUUCUGUUGCAAAAAAAGUAGAAUGCAUUACAAACAGUGGAAUACUUUUUUUUUUACCUUACCUUUUGCCAAAAAAAUUUUAAAUAGUGUUGUUUAUAAGGAAUGCAUGGCAAAUUGAGUAAUUACACACACAAACACAUAUAUUUCACCGAGUAGGCCUUUCCUUACAGAAACAUUGAUCCAAUAGGAUCUCACUAGCUUGUGCAUUGCUCUGCCCGCCUCUUUCCCUGGUUCUGCCUACUCCUUGAUUUAUGCCUUACUAGCCUCCCUUUGGAAAUAACAGCUUUGUUUAUUUUUGUUUAGUUGAAAUAGUUGAUGUAAUGGUGGCACUUCCACCACGUUACUUUCAAAGCUGGUCCCAGUCGCUGUUUGUUUGUAUAUUUCACACUGAUUGAGGUACCGGGUACUUCCAAGUAAUUCCUGUGCCAAGGCUGUAUUGGCUUUUAGUAAUUCAUUUGGAUCCCCAUUUGUUUCUGACAAAGCAUGUUAUGUUAUUGUUUUAUUCAUCAUAACUGAGUAUUAUUAUGACACAUGUAACUUAACCCAUUUUUAAAUCUAUCACAUUUGUAAAACAUCUGUCUUUCCUCCAUCAAUGAAAAUGUAAGGAAGGUUGCUGUUAUAUUGCUACCACAGUACUGCUUAAUUUGCAUGUCUAACAAAUUCAGCAGAGGGCAGAGCUGGUCAAAUCAAAGCCCUUAGUUGAAUUUGAUUUGAUUCUCAAACAUGUGGAUAGGUCGCAUUGACAUCUAUACUCCAUGUUCUAAGGCUAGUUGAUGUUUUUCCUGUUUUAUCACAACAAUUAAUAAAACAUUUGAAGCUUCA